UAGUUAGCAGCCAAGACAAGUAUAUACUAUAAAGUCUGUUUUAAUGUAACUACUUUAUUCAGUAUAAGUUAUAUAUAUUCAGUAAUCCAUUAGCAGCAUCAUUUAUACAGUUAGGUAUAAAAUUUAGCAAUACUAUUAGAACUGAUUAAUAGAAGGUGAAAAAUUAGUAGUACGCUAUCGUAAUACUAUACCGUACCAUACUAUUUUUCACAUUUGGGCACGACACAUUCUUUUGUUGAACUGAAAAUAUAAAAUUGUGGGUAUUACCCAAUUGGGGAUAUCGAUAUCAAAAGUGCCGUGAAUACAUAAUACACACAACAAUAAAUCAUGGAGUUACUACCUGAGGGGCAAGUUAAUACUGCUACAGAAGUAUUGUGGGAGGAUCAACAAAGAAUUAAUAAGUUCUCCACUUUAAUAAAUAAAAAAGAUGAAUUAACAGCCGUACUUAAUAAAUAUAAGACUGAAAAGGAAUACUUGGAUGAUUUAUCAUUAGAGAUAGAAUUAUUGGAUGAAGAUGAAAAGAUACAGUAUAAGAUUGGUGAAGCAUUUGUGUUUAUGAAAGUUUCAAAAGCCAUCGAAAGAGUAGAGAAGAAUAAUGAAAUAUUGACAACUAAAAUAGAAGAAAUUGAUGAAUCAAUAGAUAGUUUCGAUGAACAGCUUGAAUCAUUGAAGAAAGAUUUAUAUUCCAAGUUUGGAAAUAAUAUUAAUCUCGAACGUUAAGGGGACAUUAUAGAUCCAGAUACAUCCAAAAUAGCAUACCAGCACUGUCAGUUACUGUCACUGUACUGUCAGUGUACUGUCACUGUAUAUA